AUGCGACAACGGCAACCACCACAUCAGAUCCGUGCUCCUUGUGUUAAUAUUUCUGUUCACAGGGACGGCUACAGGGAAGAAUUCGAAAGCCACAGCAACAUCAACGACAACCACAACGAUACGAACUCUAACUCCACCCUCUGCGACGGAAAUGUGGAAAUGCGCACGACAAGGAGUAUCUGCUACUAUGAGAAUACUACAGAGGUUUGUGAUAUUUGCGAAGGUGUGAUUUGUCCUGUUGGGAAGAAAUGUGUGAAAGAAAGAGAUGGAAUGCUCUUCAAUAUCCAUGUGAUCUGCACCCGUGCUUGCACGGUGGCACGUGUACCGCAGAUAUCCAAGUGGCGUCCAGGUACCGAUGCACCUGCAGUAAAGAAUAUGAAGGAGAGCGAUGCGAGAAAUUCCACAAUUUCUGCCUGGAUCCCGCACCGUCCUUCUGUCCAGCUGGCGAAUACGACUGCCAAAUGUAUGGCUUCGGCAAUUACAGCUGUGAUUGCGCUGCAGGAUUCUACUAUAACGUUACUGGGAAACAGUGUGUCAAAG